AGUUCUCCGAAUAUACCGCAAACAUGAAAUUUCUCAUUCUUGUGCUGAGUGUCGGCCUCGCUCUGGCUCAGGAAAGAAAUGCGACAACCGAAUCGGGAUACGACGUCACGUCCGAGGCCACCACUGAGAUUAUAACGAGACAAGUUUGCGACGGUAAAGGCAAACUCGUCACUCGAGUAGGCUGCUUGGAGACUUGCUCGAGAGCGUUCAAGAUCGGUCGCUUGCCGAUCUUCACCACCAUUCGUGAGAACGAGCCAUGCAAGACAAGCAUACUCAGGAGGCAGAACAACGGUAUUUGUGUGAAAGUGACUCGUCUCGGAAUUUCUAUUGGCGUUUGCAGAAAGCGUAGAGACGAUGAUGAUGAUGAGUGAUAGGUUCGCUCAAGAUGGGAGUGAUGUAUCCCCUUGUCGUUCCAACAUCGUGCGUUGUUGAAAUAAAUGCGAGGGAAUCGUAUUCCAUGAGUCUCCA